AUGCCGCUGUCCGUGCUCGAGAUCGACAAUUUCAAGAGCUACCGCGGCAAGCAUGUGAUCGGUCCAUUCCAUGCCUUCAGUGCCGUGAUCGGUCCGAACGGCAGCGGCAAAAGCAACGUGAUGGACGCGAUUUCGUUUGUGCUUGGAAUACGGAGCGCGCAGCUGCGCUCGACGCAGCUGCGCGACCUCGUGUACCGAGCGUCGAAUCUAGCUCUUGAGCCAGCGUCCUCCCAAGAUCCAAGCCGCGCGAGCGUCACUGCAGUGAUCCUCGACGCCAAGCGCGUCGAGCACAAAUUUCAGCGGAUCAUUACGCCCACCGGCAGUUCCGAGUACAAGUACGAUGGGCGCGGCGUCUCCUAUGCGCAGUACGCCGAGCGCCUCGAGCGUCUCAACGUCCUUGUAAAAGCGCGCAACUUUCUCGUUUUCCAGGGCGACGUCGAGGCCAUUGCGAACCAGUGCUCCAAAGACUUGAGCCACGUCAUUGACCAAGUCAGUGGCGCACACGCCGUCGAGGCCGAUCUCGAAGAAGCGCGCGGCGCAUACGACGACGCCGUAGCCGCGUCUUCAGCACUCAUUGCCAAGCGCAAGAGCGUCAUGUCUGAGGUGCGGCAGUACCGCCAGCAGAAAGAAGCGUCCGAUCGUCUCGACCAGCUCAAGUCGGGCUUGCACGCCCACAUUGUCCAGAAAGUUCUCUGGCGCCUGUACCAUAUUCACGAGAUCAUUGAAAUCCACACAGACUGGAUCGAGGCGCACGCCUCGCGCGGCGAGCAGCUCCGCAAGCGCGUCCAGGACCGAGAAGAUGGCGUCGCGUCCGCCCGCACCGAAGCCGGCGUCAUCCAGCAGCAGAUCAUGGCGAAGGAAAAAGAAGCGAAGCACAGUGCGCGCCUCCUCGACGCACGGCGCCCUGAAAAAGAGCGUUUGCUGGAGCGCAUCGAGCACGCACAGCAGAAGCUCGCGCAGGCCCGCGUGUUGUAUGCCCAGGCACAAAAAGACGAGCAGUGCCAAAAAGAAGCGCUUGCGCGCCUUGCUGCCGACAUUGCGCUGGCCGAGCGCGCGGUGGAAGAAGCGCGCGCAAACGACUCAGUCGAGUCCAUCCACCUGAGCGCGGCGGAUCUGCAAGCGUACCACGACCUCAGAGCACGCGCCGAUCUCUCCGUGACCGAGGAGCGGCGCACCGUGGAAAAAGGCCAGCGCGCACUGCGGCAAAUGCACGUCGCGCUGGAGAACCGCGGCGAAAGCGUGGAGCAGCUCGAGACCAAACUGGACCGGAUCGAGCAGCAAUCGGCGAGCGUUGCCUCGUCGCUCGCAUCGCUGCAGCAGCGCACGCCGGCGCUCGAAGAGGGCGUCACAAGCGUACGCGCCUCGCUCGAUGCCGUGCGCACCAAAAAACAAGCGCUCUCCACGCGCGAAGCACACGUCAACGAAGCGCUCGUCACCUGCUACAACCAGCUCCUCCAAAUGGGCCAGGACCAGCGCGUACACGAGCGCGAAACGCGGCUGCGCGAAGCGCUGCGAUCUAUGCGCAACGUCUUUCCCGGCGUCCACGGCCGCCUGCUGGAUCUGUGCACGCCGACGCAGCGCAAGUAUGCGCUUGCGCUGGCCACGACGCUGGGGCGCAACGCCGAUGCCGUCGUGGUGGGCACGGAGAAAACAGCGAUGGAGUGCAUCGAGUACUUGCGGAACCAGCGCGCAGGCCGCGCGACCUUUAUCCCCCUUGACACGAUUCACAGCAAGCCAGUGCAGGACCGACUGCGCGCGGUGUCGCUUCAUGCGCGCCUCGCGAUCGACGUCGUGCAGUAUGCGCCUGCCAUCGAGCGUGCGGUGCAGUUUGCGUGCGCAAGCACCAUGAUCUGCGACUCGCUGGACGUCGCGCGCGAGCUGGCCUAUGGCGAGAAGAAAAUCAAAACGGUGACGCUCCAAGGCACCAUCAUCCACAAAAACGGCAUGAUGACCGGCGGCCCUUCGAUGCAGGACAGCGCGAAGCGAUGGGACGAGCGCGAGAUGGAAGGCGCACAGCGCGAGCGCGAUCGGUGCAUGCAAGCGCUAAAGUCGCUGCACCAGCAAAAGUACGAGCUUGCGGACGAGGAGGAGCUGCUUGCGAAACUCGCGCGGCGCGAAGCCGCGCUCGACGCGGCGCGCCAGGAGACGGCAGACCUGACGCGCCGCCAGGCAGAGCUGCAAACGGAGCGUGCGUCCCUAGAAACGGAGCGCAGCGCACAGCGCACGGCAUACGCCGCGGCAAAAAAAGAGGCGCAGGCGCUCGAGGCCGAGAUGGCCGCGCUCGAGCAGCAGAUCCACGUAGCCGACGACGCCGUCUUUGGCGAGUUUUGUGCGCGGAUUGGCGUGGAGAAUGUGCGCGCGUACGAGGCGCAGCAGCUGCACCUUUUCCAAGCGCGCACGCACGCCGCACAGCAGCACGAGCGCCAGCUCGCGCGCCUCGGCCACCAGCGAACCUUUGCUGUGCAGCAGCUCGAUAGCACCGCCGAGCGCCUUGCAUUCCUACAGGCGGCCAUCGACAAGGAGACGCAGCGUAUUCCGCGCCUCGAGACAGAGAUCGGUGCAUUUGACGCUGCGAUGGCCGCGUCCAACGCGGCGCGCGACGACGUGCAAGCCUCGUUUGAGCGCCUGCGCGACGCAUACCAAGCGGCCACCGCAGCACUGCAGGACAAGCGCAAAGCGCUGCUUGCCGCGUCCAGAGAGAUGGAUGCACACCGCAAGCAGGUCGCAGACCGCAACGACGAGAUCGAGCAGCUCGACGCGGAGCGCACCGCACUUUACCGGCGGUGCCGCCUCGAGGCGAUUGAUGUGCCGCUCCUUGCGGGCGACAUGGCGCAUGUUCCGCUCGACGAAGAGUUUGGCGCGCCGCUCGUGGAGCGCCGCGAGCGCGACACGGCCCUGCACUGCCGCGAGUACGGCAUCGAGGUCGAUUUUUCGCGCCUUACCGACGCCGAGCGCUCGGACCGUGGUUCUGGCAAAGCGCGCGAGCUGCAGAGCAAUGUGGAUGCCGUGCGCGAGGAAAUGGAGCGCAUCGCGCCCGGCGCCAAGUCGGUCGGCCGCCUCGGCAUGCUGGAACGCGACUUGAAGGCGUGCGAGCGCGAUAUGGAUGCUGCAAGAGAGCAAGUGCGCGACGCGCGCCAAGCGUUUGUUGCGCUCAAGAAGCGGCGCAUCGAGCUGUUUAUGAAUGCAUACACGCACAUUGCCGAGCGCAUCGACGGGGUAUACAAAGAGCUGACCAGGAGCAGCGCCGCGCCGAUGGGCGGCGUUGCGUACCUCACGCUGGAAGACACCGACGAGCCGUACCGCACUGGGAUCCGGUACCACGCCAUGCCCCCCAUGAAGCGCUUCCGCGACAUGGACCAGCUUUCCGGGGGAGAAAAGACGGUGGCCGCACUUGCGCUCCUGUUUGCCAUCCAUACCUACCACCCCGCGCCUUUCUUUGUCCUGGACGAAGUCGACGCUGCGCUCGACGCACAGAAUGUAGUGCGUGUCGCAGAGUACAUCCGCGCACAUGCGAGCGAGCAGCUCCAGUUUAUCGUCAUUUCGCUCAAAGCCUCCAUGUACGAGCGCAGCCAAGCGCUGCUGGGCGUGUAUCGGAACCAGGAGGCGAACUCGAGCAAGAGCGUGACGAUGGAUUUGGAGCAAUAUGGAACAUAG